AUGCACGCGCUGAAGGUCAAAGAGGACCGCGAGAUCAAGCAGGCGAAUGCGAAAGCAAACGUGUUCACUGGCUACCAAGGCACUGAGAUCCCGAAGAAGACCGAGCGCGACGCGAAGUUCAAGAUCGGAGAGUUGAUGGAAGUCGUGGGAGUCAAGAGCAAAACAGAUUACAAUGGCAAGAUUGUUCGCGUGUUGCAGUACCACCCAGAGGCGGACAGAUAUGAAGUAAAGUUCGAAGGCGGAAGAUAUGAUUCAGUCGUCGUCAAGCUGAAAGAAGAGAACCUCAUGUAUUCUGCAAUGCAAGAAAAGGAAGUCCAAGAAACAAAGGACAUGCCGGAAGGUGAGAUCCCCAACGGCACGAAGGUUGAAGUUCGUGGCCUGCAAAGCGAGACUGCGAAAUGGAUGAACGGGCUGAAGGCGAUAGUCGUCUGCUGGGACAAGGAUUCGGAAAGGUAUGAGGUUCGGCUGAGUCUCAACAAUGACAUCAAGAAGGUCAAGCCGCCAAACCUUCGACUGGAAGUUCCAGAGGGCUGGCAGGAGCAUUGGGAUGAUCACUUAGGUCGCCACUACUACGUCAACCAGACCACUCAGAAAGUGACAUGGAAGCACCCGACCGUCACGAAUCAACGUGCGAAGUUCGGGCAGGUCAAAGAGAAGCUAGAUCCAGACUUGGACGACGUGGAGAUUGACCACGAGCGAAAGCAUUACGAGGUGGAUGAGCAGGAAGAGAUGGAAGGGCAGUUUGACCUCCAAGCUUUGGUGAAGAAGGUGGAGGAGCAGGAGGAGAGGCGAGAGAAGGCAGAAGAAGCAGGACAGGAUGUUGACAGCGAUGACGGGCUGCACGACAUGAAGAAGCCCAAGAAGAAGAAGGCCAAGAAGGAGAAGGUCACGCCGGAAGGCAUCAUUGAAAAGGCACUGUUGCUCAUUGAGCACACCUUCGUAGCAAGGGAGUCCAUCAAGAAGGACUACUCGCGACUUGACGGAAACUUCUGUGCUAGGGACAUGGACCCGCUCAUCAAGCAGUGGGAGGCCUUGGAGCACUUCUCCGAAGCCCCGGACUCUCUGUGCAAAGAAACGUUCGAGGUGAUGCUUGCUCUGAUACAGAGGGGAGCAGAGCUUCUGAAAGAGUUGUCACAGAAUCGGCUACAGCUGACUGAGCUGAACAAGAUAAUGACUCGAGUUACCACGAUUGAGAAGAGGGAAGAUUUGUUUGAAGACGCCAAGUGGGUGCACUCGUUCAUGAAAACGCUCUGA